UCAGUCUACUAUGAAUCUCUGUGCCCAGAUUCCAAGAAAUUCUUCACCCAACAGCUGUACCCAUCUCUUCAAGGAAAUCUUUCUUCUUUCGUGAAUUUGAUCUUGGUGCCAUAUGGAAAGAGUAAGUCGACCUUCGACGUGAACCAGUACCAAUUCGAGUGCCAUCACGGCGUGAACGAGUGCUACGGCAACAAGAUCCAGGCAUGCGCACUGAAAUUGAUCGACGGCGGAAAUAACACGCCCGACUUCGGCUUCAACAAGGUGUCGCUCGGCUUCAUCAACUGCCUCAUGGACAAGGCGGACAAGAACGGCCAGGUGAUCUUCCCCACCAAGGACUGCGCCCUCUACAACCACGUCAGCAACUUGAACGAGAUCGACAACUGCGCCAAUCACACCGAUGCCUCCAACUACUUGGCGAUGUUCGGAAGCAUGACAGACGCCGUCCAAAACCCCUUGAAAUCCGUCCCUACCAUCGUGUUCAACAACCAAUUCAAGCAGGCCGAUACCGACAUGGCGCAGACGAACUUUGUGAACGCCCUGUGUCAAUACAUCCACGGAGACCAGCCGGCAGAGUGCACUAGGAACGGAGCUUUCAGUCCCCAAGUUGGAUUGGGACUGUUGCUUUUGGCUGCGGUGCUGAGAUUCUGCUAGGAAGGGGCCAUUUUUCUUUAAAGUCGUCAAAGUUUCGUCAUUUUUCUUCCACGUCCAUGUCCAUUCAUCAAGUAUAGUACAAGACUUAUUUCACACAGGAAAACCCGUAGGGAGGACAAGCAAAAAGUAGUGUAUUCCCGGAAACAU